AAAGUUUUCAGUUCAUUAGUUGUUCUUUAGUUCAGAAAAUUCUCUUGUCUUCAUCAGUAGAAGAAAAUAAUAUAUACAGAGUCAUCAUGAUGAAGAGAAAAUUUGAUUUGAAUGCGAUACCGGUACUAUUUGAUUUAAAUACGAUACCGGAAGAAGAAGAAAUACAGUUUGGUUCGGCUUAUAACAAUGGAGUUUCUUGGUUAAGAGGCUCGUUGCUCGGGAAAGGAGGAUUCGGGUCGGUUUUUAUUGCUAAACUGAAAAAACCCAGCUCAGUUUAUCCUCCAACUGCGGCGGUCAAAUCGGCCGAGGUUUCUGAGUCAAGUUCAUUGCACAAGGAGAAGGAAAUUUACAGCAGUCUUUAUGGUUGUCCUUAUGUUCUUCAAUGUUUCGGCGAAGAAACGACUACUGAUCAGUAUGGUAAUACGUUCUACAACAUUCUGUUGGAGUACGCUUCUGGCGGAACCCUACAUUCUCUGAUCAAGAAAUCCGGCGGCUGCGGGUUGCCUGAAUCUGACGUCAAGCGGUACACGAGGUUUAUUCUCAAAGGAAUUGAUUAUAUUCAUAGCCAUGGCUAUGUGCAUUGUGAUUUAAAGCCUGAGAAUGUGUUGCUUGUGUCUACUGACGCCUCUGUUGGUGGCGAAUUUGUUCCGAAGAUCGGCGAUUUCGGGUUGGCCAAGAAAAUUGGAGAUUCUUUCACUGGAGGGACUACUUCGUAUAUGGCCCCGGAGACUGUGGGCUACCGAAUUCAGGAGACUCCGUCUGAUAUAUGGGCGCUCGGAUGCAUUGUUUUUGAGAUGUUAACAGGCAAGAGGGUUUGGGAUUCAAGUGCUGCUUCCUACGGAUUUCCCCAAAUUCCAUCUCAGGUUUCAGAGGACGCAAAGGAUUUCUUGAAUGCUUGUUUAGUGAAGAGCCCUGCUUUUAGACUCACUGCUGAGAUGUUAUUAGAUCAUCAAUUCUUAUCAGGACUCGGUGAUGAUUACGAAAGGCGUGGAUCGGAGGAUGGAGAGUUGAUGAAUUCAGUGGAGACGUUGUGUGAUUCGGAUAUUGAAGAGUCGAUGAAUUCAGUUGACAUCUCUUGGGCUUCUGACAGUGACGAGUGUUGCGGUUUUAGCUUUUCCGAGGAGCUUGGAAACUACGCAGAUAAGGAUAUGCUUCAUGCUGCAUUCCAUGCCUCUCCUAUAACAGUGAUCGUCUCAUGAGAUGUUUUAGUUCAUAGGAUCGUUGAGUCAUUUUUCAA